CCCAACUCCCUGUCCUCACCCCGGCCCGCCCGUCGCCUCCUCCGCCCUCUCCCGACUGCAGCGGGGGCAGCGCUUUGGCGCUCCCAAGGACUCCCAGCCACUCUCCCAGCACGGGCAGCGGCGGCGGUGGGGCGGCCGCUGCUGGAUCCCGGCACUGCAGCCCGCAGUCCAGGACACCCUCGGCCGGACGGUGGGGACCCGCUCCUGAGCAUCCCCGGGGCAGGCGCCAGGCGCGAAGGCAGGGGGCGGGAGGAAAGGGGCGGGGGAAUUCCUGAUUCCCUGGCGGACCCUGGAAGUUGUCCUUAAAUAAAUACAUCGCUGGCCCGCGGUUGAGCAGCCACCUCGUCAGAGCAGCAUGUGGACUGGCUUGCUGAGUCCCCUCCGUGCUCUGUGCUGUCGCCGCCACCGCCUGUGUCAGAGCUGCAGCUGUCGGCAGCAGGAGCCCCACACGGGGCGCAGAGCAGGGACGCGCUGCCGCCGCCUCCCCCUGCGUCCUGCUGGCCGCUUCUUCUCGGGAGGUGGCAGUCGCUGUUGCCGCUAAGAAACCCGCUCGCUUUCCACGGCUGGUCGCCUGGUGAGGAGUUGAGACUCUGCGCCUCCGCCCGGACCCACAUGGCUUGUUACCUGGUCAUCAGUUCGAGACAUCUCAGCAAUGGGCACUACCGGGGCAUUAAAGGAGUCUUCAGGGGACCCCUCUGCAAGAACGGAUCUCCCUCUCCGGAUUUUGCAGAAAAGGAGAAGUCCACAGCAAAGGCCCUGGAAGAUGUAAAGGCAAACUUUUACUGUGAAUUAUGUGACAAGCAGUAUCACAAACACCAGGAGUUUGACAAUCAUAUUAAUUCUUAUGAUCAUGCUCAUAAGCAGAGACUGAAAGAAUUAAAGCAAAGGGAAUUUGCUCGGAAUGUAGCUUCUAAGUCAUGGAAAGAUGAGAAGAAACAAGAAAAAGCACUUAAACGACUCCAUCAGCUGGCUGAGUUAAGGCAGCAAUCUGAAUGUGUUUCUGGAAAUGGACCAGCAUACAAAGCCCCCAAGGUAGCCAUAGAAAAGCAACUCCAGCAAGGAAUUUUCCCUGUUAAGAAUGGCAGAAAGGUAUCAUGCAUGAAGAGUGCUCUUCUCCUUAAAGGAAAAAAUCUCCCCAGAAUCAUUUCCGAUAAACAGCGGUCCACCGUGCCAAAUCGACACCAAUUACAAUCAGACAGGCGUUGUUUGUUUGGAAAUCGGGUACCUCAAACAUCUUCAGAUCUCAGCAAUGCAAAUCACAGAACAGGAGUAUCAUUUUCUUUUUCCAAAAAAGUGCACCUAAAAUUAGAAUCUUCAGCAUCAGUUUUCAGUGAGAACACAGAAGAAACUCACGAUUGUAACAAGUCACCCAUUUAUAAAACAAAACAAAUUGCAGAUAAAUGCAAGUGCUGCAGGUUUGCAAAUAAAGAUGCACACCUUACCAAGGAAAAAGAGGUAAACAUCUCACCAAGCCAUCUGGAAAGUGUUUUACACAAUACCAUCUCCAUAAACUCUAAAAUUUUGCAGGACAAUAACAACUCUAUUGAUGAGACGCUAGAAGAUUCAAUUGGCAUUCAUGCUUCAUUCUCUAAAUCUAACAUUCAUCUUUCAGAUGUAGAUUUUACUCCUUCCAGCAGAGAAAAAGAAACUAGAAAUACAUUGAAGAACACUUUAGAAAACUGUGUGAAUCACCCAUGCCAAGCAAAUGCUUCCUUCAGCCCACCAAACAUUUACAACCAUAGUGAUGCCAGGAUACUUGAAUGCCUGGAUGAGUUUUCAUCAGCAGAGCCAAGUGAACAAAAGAGUACAGUGCAUCUGAAUCCAAAUUCCACAAUAGAGAACAGAGAAAAAUCUUUAGAUAAAACAGAAAGAGUUAGCAAAAAUGUUCAAAGACUUGUAAGAGAAGCAUGUACCCAUAAUGUGGCAUCUAAACCACUACCUUUUCUCCACGUUCAAAGCAAGGAUGGCCACACCACUCUUCAAUGGCCUACGGAACUUCUACUAUUUACAAAAACAGAACCCUGUAUCUCUUAUGGCUGCAACCCACUAUAUUUUGAUUUUAAGCUUUCUCGGAACACAAAGGAAGACCACAAUCCAGAGGACUUAAAAAUAGAAUUGGGUAAGAAGCCCUUGGAAGUGAAGACUAAAAGAGAGAGCCAAGUCUCAGGUUUAAUCGAAGACCAACAAAAAUUGAUCCAAGAAGAUAAUCAAUAUCUGAAACCAAAGAUGAUGAUAGCUAAUCCGGAUUGGGAAAAAUUCCAGAGGAAAUAUAAUUUGGACUACAGUGAUUCUGAGCCAAAUAAGAGUGAAUAUGCUUUUAGUGCAAAUGAUUUGGAAAUGAAAAAUCCUGAAGUGCCUCUUUACCUCAAUACAUCUCUAAAGGAUUAUGCUGGAAAGAAUAAUAGUGAGAACGAACUUAAGGAAGCUUCAGGGGCCCAUUGGCAAGGCUGCAGAAAGGUAGUUCUAAAUGAUACAGAUGAGGAUCUAUCUUGUCCUUCCUACAUCUCUAGGACUAAAAAGAAUAAAUUGAUUCCCUGCAAUCCUCAUUUGGAAUUUGAAGAUGAAAGACAAUUCAACUGCAAGUCCAGUCCUCAUACAGUAGGGGGUAACAGUGACCAUGGGAAAGACUUCAGUGUAAUUUUAAAGAGUAACCACAUCAGCAUGACCAACAAGGUUUCUGGAUGUGGAAAUCGAAGAUACAAGAGAUGCUCUCCAAAGUCAUCUUUGAGUAGAUAUUCUUGCUCUUCGGACACAUCCCCUAGCAGCAUGUCUAGCUUGAGAAGUACUUGCUCAAGUCAUAGAUUCAAUGGUAAUAGCAGAAGUAAUUUUCUCUGCUUCUAUAAAAGAGAACACCACUCAGUUGAAAGGCACAAAUGGAAAUGUCUGAAGCACAACUGCCUCUACUUGUCUGAUGAAAUAGCAAAGAGCAGUCAAAUGCAGUCUGAACCACAGAAAGAGAGGAACUGCAAAUUGUGGGAAUCAUUUAAAAAUGAAAAAUACUCAAAAUGUAGAUAUUGUCACUGUAGAGAAAGACAAAAACUGGGCAAAAAUCAACAACAAUUUUCAGGGCUAAAAUCUACGAGAAUUAUCUGUUGUGAUUCUAACUCACAGAUUUCCUGUACUGGAAGCAGUAAAAAACCACCUAAUUGCCAGGGAACUCAGCACGAUAGAUUGGAUUCUUACUCAAGGGAGAAAAUUUAUUACUUGAAUAAAAGCAAGAGAAAUCAAGAGUCUUUGGGCAGCCCUCACAUUUGUGAUCUGGGAAAAGUCAGGCCCAUGAAGUAUAACUCCGGGAAUAUCAGCUGCCUUCUAAAGAACUGUUCCAGUGGCCCUUCAGAAACUACAGAAUCGAACAUUACAGAAGGAGAGAGGACCCCUCUGACAGCAAAAAGCCUUUUAGAAAGAGUGCAAGCCAAGAAAUGUCAGGAACAAUCAAGUAAUGUUGAGGUCUCUUCAAACAGUUGUAAAAAUGAAUUAGAGGCUCCUUCGCAACACCCAUGCACAAUUCAACUUGUACCGUCAGGCUGUAACAAACAAGCAUUGCCUUUGUCUGAAAAAAUACAGUAUGCAAGUGAGAGCAGAAAUGAUCAAGACAGUGCAAUUCCAAGGACUACAGAGAAAGACAAAAGCAAAAGCUCACAGACAAAUAAUUUUACAAUUUUAGCAGACACUGAUUGUGAUAACCAUCUCUCUAAAGGUAUAAUUCACCUAGUAACAGAGUCUCAGUCACUAAACAUAAAAAUGAAUCCAACAACAAAAGAACAAUCAAAACCUUUAAUUAGUGAAAUCCAACCUUUUAUUCAAAGCUGUGACCCAGUACCAAAUGAAUUCCCUGGUGCUUUUCCAUCUAAUAGAUAUACUGGUGUUACUGAUUCAACAGAGACCAAAGAAGACCAAAUAAAUCUAGACUUACAGGAUGUAAGCAUGCAUAUAAAUCAUGUAGAGGGAAAUAUAAACUCUUACUAUGACAGAACUAUGCAGAAGCCUGACAAAGUCAAAGACGAAUUAGACGUGUGUCAUAAAUCUCUCUCUCCCCCUUUAAUUCAACAACCCAUAACAUUUUCUCCUGACGAAAUAGAUAAAUAUAAGAUCCUACAGCUACAAGCCCAGCAGCAUAUGCAGAAGCAACUCCUGUCAAAGCAUCUUCGAGUUUUGCCUGCUGCAGGACCUACUGCCUUCUCUCCGGCCUCAACCGUACAGACAGUUCCAGUUCACCAGCACACUUCUAUCACUACCAUCCACCACACGUUCCUGCAGCAUUUUGCUGUUUCUGCUUCCUUAAGUUCUCAUAACAGUCAUCUCCCUAUUGCUCAUCUACAUCCUCUUUCACAGGCACAUUUCACUCCUAUUUCAUUUUCGACUCUGACUCCAACCAUUAUCCCUGCACACCCCACUUUCUUAGCAGGUCAUCCCCUGCAUUUAGUAGCUGCUACCCCCUUCCACCCAUCUCACAUAACACUUCAGCCCCUGCCCCCUACAGCAUUUAUUCCUACAUUGUUUGGCCCUCACUUAAAUCCAGCCACAACUUCUAUCAUCCACUUGAAUCCUUUAAUCCAACCAGUAUUCCAAGGUCAAGAUUUUUGCCAUCAUUCUUGCUCUAGCCAGAUGCAACAGUUAAAUGAAGUGAAAGAGGCCUUAAAUGUGUCCACACACUUGAACUAGUAAGUGUUAAAGCCCCUCUUGUGGAUAAUUUUUUUUAAUUGUCACUACCUAUACAAUAAUAUAUUUAAAGAAGUCUAUCAAUUACAAGAUUUAAAAUAUUGCUGCCAAUUCAAAAUGUGACCAAUAUAUAAAUAUGAACUGAAUUGCUAAUAUUAAAACGAGAGCAUUUUAAUAAUUUUUUAGCUUGCCAAAAUAAUAGGCAAAUUUAAAUAAUUUUAUGAAAGUGUUGAGGGAAGAGGGAAAGGGUUAAAGAUUUGUUCUGGAUGGGUUCUCACGUGUUAUAAAAUGCAACUGAAAACCUUCAAGCAGAGCAUUAAAAUUAAAAAGAAAAAUCAAACGAAAUAUGGCACCCUGUGUUCUAAGUAUUUGUUGCGCGAAUGAAUGAGUGUUGAUUUGGCUUAUUUGUUAGACAAUAAAAGGUCAGUGAAAUGAAGUAAUUAUUUAAAGUAAUUUCUAUCGUUAACUAUUGACUAAGUUUUCAAUUAAUGUAGUCUGUUACUGUAUUUUCAUAGGAAAUAAGAACAAGACAUUUUCUGAUUAAUUUAGGUUGAAAAUUACACUUUAAUGAAAAACAAUCUUUAUAGAUUAUACUUUUGAGUUUCUGUGAAAAAUAAAUUAUCCUCAUUUCACACAAAUCUAAGUCAAGGUAAUUUUGUAAGUGUAAGAAUCAGCAAAAUCUAAAACUAAGAAUGUUUAACUUUUGUAUAAAAAACAUAUACAAGCUAUCGUUAGUAUUUGAUGAUGCAAACUCAGAAAUAAAUUGUGCUCAGAAUAAUCUUUUAAAUAUAUUGAUCAAUCUGUCAAACAUUACAGGAACUAAAAUGUUUAUUAUUCUUCUACUCAAAAAUUUUACUAUGUUCAGCCAAUACAUAUAUAAGGAUAGAGGUAAAGGUUUGAAAAUGUCAGUGUUUUUACAUGUUUAUUGAGGCUUUCUUAUUAAAUAUCUGGUGUGUUUUAUUCACUUGUACUAGAUAUUUAUGAAACAAUGAAUGAUGAGGAAUAAAAUCACCAUCCAUGUAAUUUUGCAAAUAAUUUCAAACAUUCAUUCAAAAUGGUUUUCGGCCCCCAAAAUUUGUAUUUCAUACAUCUAUAUUGGUGCAUAAUCCUACAGUUAGGUUUACUAUGUUAUGUUCUUAAGCAUGAGUUUCAGAGAAAAUCAAACUUAACAGAAAUGGAGGUAAUCAUUUAUCUAAUGCUGUCUAUACAAAGAUGCAAACUCCUCUACCACUAGAAGAUUUGAGGAUGCCUUCUUCAGCCUUGGCUUCAAAAGGAAGAUGGCUAUAUUUACUUAAGGCCUGUUGUGAUUCAGGUAGAGGUACCCUAACCACUUGUUUGCAUUAUCUUCUUUAAUUUUCACAACUGUAUUUUGAAAUCAGUAUUAUUCCUCAUUACAGGUAAGGAAAAUGAAGUAGAAAGGUUAAAUACUAAAUACUUGGUAAACAGUAGGAAAGGACAUCAUUGAUUCAGGAGAGACAGCUGAGAGAGAAAGAGA